AUGUCCCCCGUCUCCGCUGAUGACAGCGAAUGGUCUGGUAUCGGCCAAUAUCAACUUGGACUCAAACCAGAUGCUCCGAUCUCUCCCACUGUACAGAACCGCGGAAACCUCGCAACCCCUCCGAGCUCUGGUGCUCCCACCCCGACUGGCUCACUGGGCUUGAAUGGUGGGAAUCCUGUGCCUAGACGACCUGAUGACUCCGGAACCCGUCGCCUCCUAGUUCCGUCGCUGCUAGAUCAAGUGUUGGGACCUCGCGAUAACUUUGAGACUGUCGCCACGCAGUUCACGAGUGAGUACCGAUGUUUUGACGACUUGUCCGCCGUCAACAAGCUGCUGAGGCCCAGGACGGCCUCCGCGAACCGACAUCCCCUUCCUUACCUCCUCGCCCGUCAGAAAUUGGCAUCGUUGCAGCAUCCGCGAUUCCGUGAUUUAGCUACUGAUGUCUUUUGCGAAUUGGAACGGCGAUUUCCGCAAUUUGCUGGACCAGAUUUGCCGCGUGUUGGAAGUCCUGCGGGUAGUAUGCGUGGCGGUCCUCCUCGUGGGAGUGGUCCGAUGAAUGGGUUCCGACCAGGGUCAAACGGGUUUCCACCGAAUGGGUACCCAGGAGGUCCUCGACCAUCGUCGCGUGGGCCUGGCGGUAGGGGGUAUCCCCCAGGUCCUCCUGGUCCUGGUGGUCUUGGUGGUCCUGGAGGUCCCGGAGGUCCCGGCGGCCCUCCCGGUGGACGAUUCCCUCCGCGCCAGCAGUCUCUUAGCGGUGGAAUAAGCCUCAACGGAGAAGAACCCUUAGCGAAAUCAUUCCAGAGCAAUACGAUCGUACCAAAUAAGAGUACUCUCGUGGAGGACGACGAUGAUGGAGGUGUGGAUGACGACUAUGAUGGACGCAGCGAUGCCUUUGGACUAGACGCUCUACAGAGCCGAAGAGGAACAACAACGACAUUGGGUGAAAGAAAGCUUUUGGCGGACAGUCAGGCUCAAGUCACAACAUUACAAGAACGUAUUGACGAACUUGAAGCUUUGAUGAAGAGCAAAGAUGAAGAGAUUUCUCGCUUGCAGGACGAGCAGGACAAAUCGCAGAUCAGUAGCAGUGAACGCGAUGAAUGGGAAAGCCUCAAAUCUGAGCUGGAAAAUAAAGUGGCAGACGUGGAAAAUGCAAACACAUAUUUGCAGAAUAAGAUAGAUCAGAUGCAGCAAGAACAUACCGAGAAAGAGCGUCAAUUACGGGAACAACUUGAAGCUGCGCAUGGAAAUGGUGUAGAUGUUGAGCUUCAGCAACGAUACAGCGACCUAGAGAUGCGACAUGAAUCCCUACAAGCUGAAUUACAAGAACAAGAAAAGACCACGGAAGAAGUACGCCGCGACGCCAGUAACUUCUUGAAAGAAAUGAGGGCAAUGUCUGAACGAAGCAAUGCCACUUGGGAACAAGAAGAGAAGCUUUCUCGCGAUGUCAACCGGCUCGAAGAGGAAGUCAAAGAGUGGAAGAAUCGGUACAUUCGUGCAAAGACUCAGUUGCGACACUUGCGUACAUCCACCGUGGGCAUUCCCAAUCUACAUGGCGAUGUUGGUAUGACCGCAAGGGAAAACGAGCUUAUCCACCAGAAUGGACUCGUCAAAGAUUCGCACGUCACCAAGUUCCAAAUGUCGAUUGACGAACUAUUGCGGUCAGCUCGUUCGGGUGAGCCCAGCCUCGUUCUCGAUCAGAUGAAAGUGGUCGUCGUGGCUGUGCGUCAUAUGAUCAAUGACACGGAGACCGUAGGCGAUAUGUCUCCUGCACAGAAACGAGCGAAAUCGAGAGUUUCAAGUACUGCCAACAACCUCAUCACGGCAUCCAAGAAUUUUGCCGGCUCUAAUGGCUUGUCACCUGUGUCCUUACUUGACGCGGCAGCAUCUCAUUUAAGCACGGCGGUCAUUGAGCUUCUUCGCUUGGUCAAGAUCUAUGCCAGUCCUCCUGAAGAUUUUGAAGGCGAGAACGAGGACAAUAUCGCGCCCAUGCAGUCACCUGGAUACUUUAGUGUUGCCGCCAGUCAAAGCCGGCUGAGCAACAAUGAGUCAGUAUAUAGUGCGAUCAGUAGCCCGUCGGCCAGAACUCGAAGCAUAGCUCAAUCCCGACGAACAAUGUCUCGUAGUGGAUCUGGUAUUCAAGGCCUUGCUAUUGGAAAGCCAGGAUAUGCUGUGCGGCCACAAGACCAUGAGUUGGAAGAGUUAAAGCUAUACCUCGAGGAUCAAACUGAAGGCCUUGUCCAGACCAUCCAAGCGCUAGUGGCCAGUAUCCGUGGUGCAGAGCACAUCUCAUCCAUCCGCAAACACAUCGGAGCGAUAUCAAUUGUGGUAGGCAAUGUCGUCUCCUCAACGGAUCAUGCUAUGGAUAAGGCCGAGAUCAGUCCCGCAGUGCGCGAACGACUUGGCCCUGUUGUCCAAAGCCUAGCCGACUGCUCAGACCGUCUAUCUCGUACAGCCGCCGAGGGAGAGGAUAUUGAAAGUCCCGAGCAAUUGCGCGACUUGACCAGCAAGCUGCCUCCUAUCGCAUUUGAGAUUGCCCGUGAAACGAAGGAACUUGUCCAACGCAUUGAUCAGCUUGAAGUUGACGAGGGCAAUAGUGACGACUUUCGGUAGACAAUUCAUUUAUUUCCACUCUUCUCUGCGUAUACUUUUUUUCUUACGACAGCUUCAAAUUUGGAAAGGAACGGCAUAUACAAGUUCAUGACUUGAAUGAUUCAAUGAUCGAUUCUUAUUCUAUUGCAUCUACAUUCUAAUUCACUGUUGAAUUAUUUUUCUUGUGACAGUCUUGCCUGUCCUUUUUUUAUCACCUUUAUACCUUGAAUUUUGUCCAUUCACGCAACGUCGACUCUUUGUUAUAUAAAUAUCAUACCCUUUUUCCCUGUUUUCGUCAAUGUACUCCUCUUCGCUUCUUAAUGCAGGGUCAAAUGGUCCAUUGCAUACUGAAUAUACAUAUUUCUCUUCUUCUUCUAUG